AUGGCGUUACAACCAGAUACUAAUACUGUUAGAUCUUCCAGAUCACAUAGUCUUAGUUACAGUGAAAGGUCACUUGGUUCAAGAAGUAAGUCCUCAAAAAUUUCUGUGAUAUCUGGACUAAGUGAAUCUCAGUCUGCAGUGGUAAGACAGCAAAGAACAGGAGCUCAGCUUGACGAACUCGUGCUUAGGAUGCAGGAGGAUUUCAGAGUUGAUGAGCAAUUGCAGGCAUUAGAUGACCAGGCCUAUGCUGCACGCUUAGCCGCUGAGGAUGAGGUGAAUGCCGCUAAGAGACGGACAGAAGAAAUAGAGCGUGACGCUAUUCGCCGCAGAGAGGUACUAAAUACUCAACUGUCAAGACAGAGACAACUGAGACAAGCUCAACAGAACUUUGCUGAAGCAACCCUAAUUGCUACCAUGGUAAAUGAAGACCCCAACAGCAAUGCAGAAAAUGUACAACCUCCAGAGGAACUAACAGAACAACCAAGUUUUGAUGGUAACAUUCAAAUACAGUCAGUAACUCGACAGGUCCCACCUACUGCUGACCCUAAUGCCAUUCAGUCUGGCAAUGUAAGUAAUACUAAUAAUACAGAGCAGCUUACAAUUCCUGACACCUCCCAAAUUUUACCCUCUGGUGACAGUCAAACCCUUGGGAACCAGAUACAGCGGGGACCAGAUCCAUCUGACAGAGUACAUCCUGGUGUACUUCAUCAAGUGAUUAACCCUAAUCCUGGUAACCUGACAACUUGUAUGCCAGUAUACAGACAGAAUGACUAUUUUCAAGGUCAGAUGUUAAACAGUGCCCAACAAAUCACAACAAACGACAUGUCAAGUACUUUCCCAACAGCCACUGGUGUACUUACACAGCAACCUUCCCUGGUGGGUUAUGGUACUGGUAUUGGUUCAUAUCCAAGGAGCAACCCCCAGGUAAGUUUUCCACCAGCAAUGGUAGUGCCUCAGCCAUUGUUCUUGGAUUCUCAAGCAUUUCCGUUACCGAAUAUGCCAUAUCAACAGUCACAGCCACAACAGCAUCAAGCGCUCCAACCAGAUAUUCCUACAUUGCCUCCAACCGAACAACCAACACAACUGCCAGCGAUUACUGGGAUGAUACCUCAGGUUGGCACACCUAACCUCACCGAACUGUUGAUUUCCUCAUCUUAUGGCAUACCAAGACCAACAUUACCCAAUUUCACCAGUGGAAGAGAAAAAGACUUUGCCUUGCUUAAGAUGGCACUGGAUAACCUGGUGAAUAUUCAUCCACACCUUACGGAACAGUACAAAUACCAAGUUUUACUUGACAAACUUGGAGGCAGUGCGAAGCGCCUAGCUGAGGCAUUUAUGCAUGAUCCCAAACCUUUCACAGCAGCCUUGCAAGCACUGAAGGACAAGUAUGGUCAGCCGAGACAACUUGUACAAAGUGAGAUUGGUAUACUCAUGAAUAUGCCAGCACUAAGAUAUGGUGACUUUGAUGGGUUUGACAGUUUUGCCCUAUCAGUCCAUUCCCUUGUCGGUAUGCUCAAGUCACUUGAGGGAGAGACUGGUUAUGAACUGAGAUGUGGGUCACAUGUUGACCGCCUGAUCGGCAAGCUACCCCCAGGUUAUCGAGAUAGUUUUGUAGAACAUUGUAUCAACCGUGAUAUCCUCAAGGCUGACAGUGACCAGACCUACACAUUGUGUCAUUUGUCAGACUGGCUGCAGACAAAAUCACGUGCAAAGCGUAUAGCUAACCAGGCCACAGCACUAUACAAAAUGGAGAGUACUAAACCUGACAGGAGGUAUCUGUCACGGACAAGUCAGAAGGGGUCUGCACCUACGGCUUUAUUCUAUGCAAGGGAAUCCAAACCAUUUGAACAGAAACCUGGAUCUUCUGCUAGGAGUCACGUGACCAAGCCUUUCUGUCCAUACUGUAACAGCAAUGAACACUUCCUGAAUAUAUGUCCAGGAUUGAAGAAACUAACAGUGAACCAGGUACAUGACUGGUUACAUGACGGCAAGCGAUGUUGGAAAUGUGGGCGCACACAUCAGCCAGACAUGUGCACCCUCAAGAAACCAUGUCACAUAUGUAAGGAAGUGCACUUGACUGUCUUGCAUGAGGCUAUACAGCAUACAGCCUCCAAAGUGUAUUCUGUGAAAGUCAGUACAGACAAAGUGUACACUGAUCAACCCUCAUAUCCUCCUAAUGUCAUGCUAAAGGUUGUCAAAGUGUUGCUAUAUGGUGAAAGUGGUAUGAUGGAGACUCAUGCAAUCUUGGAAGACGGUUCCAUGAGAACUAUGGUGUUACAAUCAACCGUUCAUGACCUAAAACUUCAGACAAAGCCGGACAGUAUAUUGCUUACCACAAUCAACAAGGAGCCAUUCAGGUGUAAUGGACACUCAGUUGACCUGCAAAUAUCUCCUAUCAGCAAACCAAACAUCAGGUACAAGAUUAAGGGUGCCUUCACUGCAGAUAACUUGUGUAUGUCCGAGUACACAUAUCCAGUUGAAUCCCUGCAAAGGCUUUGGCCGCAUUUGCAAAAGUUACCAAUACCUAACAUUGAUGGAGCUCGGCCAACUAUUCUCAUUGGAGCGGACAAUGCCCAUCUCAUUCUUCCCAAUGAACCAGUUCAGUUUGGACCCAUCAAUGCGCCUAUUGCAGUGUCUACCAAACUUGGUUGGUCCCUCCAGGGUUUAUCUAGUGAAUCUGGACCAAAGAACACCAAGUGUAUGCUUAUACACAGCACCAAUAAUUCAGAUCUUGUGGAGAGCAUUGAGCGAUUGUGGCAAAUCGACACGUUGCCUUUCACCGAGAAACAUGUGACACGCUCCAAGCAGGAUAAACAGGCAAUUGAGACUCUAGAAUCUGAAACUAUCAGGAUGGAUGUCGAUGGUGUUAGUCACUAUGCCACCCCACUGUUACGCACACAGGAUGGAAUCUGCUUCAAAACAGAUCAACAAAUGGUUAUGCCUACACUCAGGCGCACUGAAAGGCGACUAAGAGAUCGUCCGGACCUUUCAAGAAUCCACAAUGACCAAAUCAAGAAGCUAGUUGAGGCAGGAUAUGUAAAGAAACUCACCAAGGAGGAAGUGGAGAAAUCAGAAGAAUCCUGGUAUUUUCCUCACCACAUUGUUGAACACAAUGGGAAGUUUCGCCCGGUAUUUAACUGCUCCUUCGAGCACAACGGACAAAUCUUGAACAAGCACCUUCUGCCUGGGCCAACAGUCGGAUCAUCACUGCUUGGUGUCUUUCUUCGGUUCCGGCAACAUGCAGUUGCUAUAUCAGGAGACAUAAAAGCCAUGUUCCAUCAAGUAAGACUGCUUUCUCAUGACAAACCUCUUCUGCGUUUCAUUUGGCGAAACAUGGAACAUGAUCGCCCUCCAGAUGUGUACGAAUGGCAAGUCCUACCAUUCGGCACCACCUGCUCGCCAUGUUGUGCCAGUUAUGCUUUAUGGAAACAUGUCUCGGAUCAUAAAGCUGGCAAUGAAGAAGUACUCAAAUCUGUAGAGGAAUCAUUCUAUGUUGACAAUUGCUUGCAUAGCCUACCUACAGCAACAGAAGCCAAGGAACUUGUACGGAAAAUGAGAGACUUGCUUGCACAAGGUGGUUUCAACAUUAGGCAGUGGACCAGCAAUAUUCCAUCCGUUGUGGCAGACCUUCCGUCCGAUGCUAGAUCGGAAAAUACAGAACUUUGGCUUACCCUCGGCCAGGGUGACUCACUGGAGCCAGCCCUAGGCUUGCGUUGGAAAUGUGAAUCUGAUGAGCUCACCUACAAACACAGAACCAUAGAGUAUGAAGAGCUUACCAUGAGAGUGAUCUACAGGGUUCUUGCUAGUCAGUAUGAUCCCAUCGGCUACUUGGCACCAUUCCUUGCACGAGCCAAAAUCAUAGUACAGGACUUGUGGAAGUCAAAGAGAAACUGGAAUGACCCUAUAGAAAAGGGGGACAUCUGUGAAAGAUGGCUGACCUGGGAAAAGGAGCUAGAAGAAAUCCCAAUGGUUACUCUACCAAGGUGUUACACACCCCAUAGUGUGGACUCUGGAAGUGCAGACCGACAACUACACAUCUUUUGUGAUGCUUCUGAAAGAGUGUAUGGUUCAGUAGCAUACUUGCGCACAACAGACGAAGGAGCAAACAUCUAUGUCAGUUUCCUUAUGGCACGAUCGAAGGUUUCCCCAAAGAAACAGCUGUCUAUGCCACGCCUAGAACUAUGUGCAGCCCUCACUGGUGCUCAGCUAGCUGAUGUGUUGUGCAAGGAAUUAACUUUACCAAUCCAGAAAGUGAUAUUUUGGAGUGACUCUACUACUGUACUUGGUUGGCUGAAGUCAGAAUCAUGCAGAUACAAGGUAUUCGUUGGAACACGAGUAUCUGAAAUCCAGAAUCUCACAGAUGUACAGAACUGGCGGUAUGUUGACACACAGAGAAAUCCUGCCGAUGACAUUACUCGAGGCAAACUGCUCAGAGAACUCUGCAAGGAAUCGCGGUGGAAGGAUGGGCCAGAUUUCAUGCACCAGACACCUGAUCAUUGGCCAGUUACCCCAGGGACAAUAGACUCUGACAACACAGAGAUAAAGAAAUCUGUGAUGUGUGGCACAAUUGUUGUGAAUACACCUCAGCUGCCAGAUGCAGGACAGUACACUUCCUGGGACGUGUUUGUGGCUGAUGUUAAAGAGUCCUUUGAUGGGGCGACCUUCCCGGAAAAUGCUCAACCCCUGACCGCUGAACGGUUUGAACAAAUAGAGAACCAUCUCUAUCAACUAGUGCAAAUAGAAUCAUUCCCCCAGGAAUUCACAUCACUAAAAUCAGGUAAACGAUUGCCUCCAGACAGCAGGCUCCUACAGCUUGACCCUAUCUAUGAUGCAGAAUCAGAUCUGAUCAGAGUAGGAGGACGCUUACAGAGAGCUGAAUCUCUAAAUACAGGCAUCAAACAUCCAAUUCUUCUUGACCCACAACAUUUUAUAACAAAGUUGCUCAUCCGGGAUCAAGAUGAGAAGCUCUUACACUAUGGUCAGGAGCGUAUACUCGCAGAGAUAAGACGCAGAUUUUGGAUAUUGAGGGGACGAGAAGCGAUUCGACGCCAUCAGCGUCAGUGUUCCACCUGUCAGAAAUGGCGCUCAAACCCGAGGACACAGAAAAUGUCUGACUUGCCACCACCACGUCUGCGACUUUUCAAACCACCAUUCUUCUCAACGGGAGUUGAUUGCUUCGGACCAAUGCAUGUGAAGGUUGGACGUCGCUCAGAGAAACGAUGGGGUUUGAUUUUUAAAUGUAUGACCACCCGUGCGGUGCAUUUAGACAUACUCAGGAGCAUGGACUCGGAUGCAUUCCUCAUGGCAUUUCGCCGAUUCGCUUCACUGAGAGGCAAACCUUACGAACUCAUCUCAGACCAAGGUUCCAAUUUCCGAGGUGCUAAAACAGAGUUGCAGGAGGCACUUGCAAGUAUGGAACCAGACCUUGCUGAACAACUGGCUCGCCAUAAGGUCAGAUUUGUGUUCAAUCCUCCUCAUGCACCACACUUCGGAGGUGUUUGGGAAAGAGAGAUUAAAUCUGUGAAAUAUGACCUCCGAGUGGCACUAGGAGAUCAGACAGUGACAGAACCUGUGUUACGUACCAUUCUAGCGGAGGUGGCAGGGAUUGUGAAUUCUAAGCCAUUAGCCUACGUUUCAUCAGAUGUCAGAGAUGUGGACCCAGUUACACCAAACAUCCUGCUGAUUGGCCGCCAUGAUGCUUCUCUUCCACAAGUCGUCUAUCCGGCUGAUGAACUUUUAAGCAGACGCAGAUGGCGCCACAGUCAAGUUCUGGCCGACCACUUUUGGGUACACUUUGUCAAAUAUUAUCUUCCUGAUAUGCAGCUGCGCACAAAAUGGCAGAAAGAAAGACAAAACUUGAAGAUGAAUGACGUUGUCAUGAUAGUUGAUCCACAGCUCUUAAGAGCUCAGUGGCCUGUUGGUAGAGUCACGAAAACCUACCCUGGAACAGAUGGAUGUGUUCGCACUGCCACUGUCAGUGUGAAAGACAAGGAGUACACCAGACCAAUCACAAGACUCAUCCCACUACCGGAAUGUGCGGAUGACGAAAAUUGA